AUGCUUACACAAAACAAUACCAUUGAUACUUACACCAACAAUAACAAUACCAAUAAUAAUGAUGCUUUAAUAAUUCCAAACCACGCAAUGAACACGCCGAUGCUUUUCCUAUCUCCAAAUAAUAACUAUCACAUAGAUGAAAUUACACUAGGACAAUAUCUUUUUGAAAGGCUAAGACAAGCUGGAGUAAAAACCAUUUUUGGAUUACCAGGUGAUUUUAAUUUAGUUUUAUUAGAUAAUGUGUACAAAGUACCGGGCUUACAAUGGUGUGGUAACACAAAUGAAUUGAAUGCAAGCUAUGCAACUGACGGGUAUUCAAGGAUAAAUCCUAAUAAACUAGGCUGUCUCUGCACCACUUUUGGUGUUGGCGAGUUAAGUGCCAUCAAUGGUAUUGCUGGUAGUUUUAGCGAGCAUGUUGGUAUAUUACAUAUUGUUGGUACACCAAGCGUUUCUACUCGAUUGAAAAAAUUGUUGGUUCAUCAUACUCUAGGGAAUGGUGAUUUUGAUGUUUUCCAUAAAAUGGCUGCUGAUAUAAGUGAAUAUUCCGUUUUACUUACAGAUGCUGACAUUGCUGCUAAAGAAAUAGAUAAAUGCAUCAGAAUAGCAUACAUUAAGCAAAAACCCGUUUAUUUGGGAUUUCCUGCAAAUCUAAGUAGCGUUACCAUUCCCAGAAGUUUAUUGGAUAUACCGCUUGAUAUGUCACUAAAUACAAAUAAUCCAGCAGUUGAAAACGAAAUUGCAAAACAAAGUUUUGAUUUAAUUUGUAAGACUAAGAAUCGAAUAAUUUUAGCGGAUGGCUGUUGUAUAAGGCAUGAUGUAAUCAAAGAAUUAAAUGAAAUAGCCAAUAUAACCCAGUUUCCAAUAUUUGUUACGCCUAUGGGGAAAAGUAGUAUCGAUGAGCAAAAUAACCCAAAUUUUGGUGGUGUUUAUGUGGGAACCAUGUCUUCACCUGAUGUCAAAGAAUUUGUUGAAAAUGCAGAUUUGAUACUUAGUAUUGGAACAAUAUUGUCUGACUUUAGUACCGGAAAUUUCCAAUACUCUUAUAAGACCAAAAACGUCAUCGAAUUUCAUUCAGAUUAUGUUAAAAUUAAAAAUGCUAUUUUUCCAGAUAUAACUAUGAAAUAUGCGUUACAAACUUUGAUACAAAAGUUGAAAAAUAGUAAGCCUGUUUCUAUCAACAACGCCAAAAUACCGAUACCACAACCAAUAAAGACAAAAUCUAAUUUAUUGUCUACAUCAAUAUUAAGACAAGAAUGGGUGUGGGAAAAGUUAAGUCAUUGGUUUAAAGCUGGAGAUAUAAUAAUUUCCGAAACCGGUACUUCUGCAUUUGGAGUUUUACAAACUAGGUUCCCAAAAAAUUGCACUAGCAUAUCGCAAGUUUUGUGGGGGUCGGUAGGGUAUAGUAUGGGUUCAUGCCUAGGUGCAUCGUUUGCUCGAAAGGAUUUUUUUGGUGGUGAUGCUGAGGCGGGCAGUGGUAGAGUUAUUGUUUUUGUUGGUGAUGGGGCUUUACAAAUGACAGUACAAGAGAUAUCAGCAAUUAUUAAAUGGGGACUGAAACCUUAUUUAUUUGUCAUGAAUAACCAUGGGUACACGAUAGAUAGAAUUUUACAUUCCAAAAAUAAACAUAGCAAGUAUAGACAUGAAACACCUAAUAUUGCUAAGAUACCGCCUACUUAUAAUGAUAUCCAACCAUGGAAUAUUCAAAAGAUCUUACCAACGUUUGGCGCUGCUGAGGGCGAGUACGAAAAUUGGAAAGUAGAACUGAUUGGUGAGUUUAAUGAAAUGUUGGAAAAUCCUGAUUUUGGAAUACCUAAUAAGUUAAGAUUAAUUGAAGUUUUAUUGCCUGUAAUGGACGGUCCUGUUAACUUAUUAAGGCAUGUUAAUACAAAAAAUACUGCUAUUAAUAAUAACAGUUGA